AUGUCUCUCACGCUCAAAGUUACGUCGCUGUUCGUCCGGACUCUCGCAAAGCCCGUAGCAAACGCCAUCAAACGCAAUGCCCACGAACACGACCGAUUUCGUCGAAUAUGCGUCAAAUUCGCCCAAGGCCUGCAUCGCGUGGAUAUGCGCAUGCGCCUCGGCCUGCUGCAGGACCCCGCUGUCAUAGACAGGCAAAUCAAGAAAGAAGUCGCCCUAGCAGAGGCUGCGCGCAAAAAAGCAGCGGCACCCACGGUCCUCACCGAAGAGGAAAUGAAGGCAGAGGAAGCUCUCACAGAGAAAGAGCGAGAUGCGAUCAAGAAAAAGGCUGAGGAGAGGAUCAAGCCACGCAUACGACCUCUGUCCGAACAAAAGGCCAUCGAGAUGGGUGCCAACUUCGCUGCUGAAACCUUCAUAUUCGCCGUCGGUAUUGCUGUGAUUCUUGUUGAGCAAUGGCGGCAAAGAAGAAAGGCCAAGAAUGCCAGAGACGAUAUAAGAGAAGAUUUGGAGGAGGUGCAGGCUGAGCUCAAGGCGGUCAAGGCCGAGUUUGAGGAGUUUAAAGCAAAACAUCCAGAGCCAGUGUCGUCAAAGCUACUGGGAUUUUGGAAGGGUACUGGGAAGAAGGAAGACGACAAGAUUGAAGCUGUGAGCACCGAGGCGAAGCCGGUGCCCGUCGAGACUCAAGGAGAUGCUGCGCAAACUGCGAAUGGGACACCUACAACGCAACCAACCCAGCAUAAGGAUUUGGGAAUGUAUACCCGGGAAGCCGAUCAAUAUCGAAGACAUUUCACGCCUGCGCUCAUCAUGAACGUUUCACACUAUACCAACAAGACCAAACCUAUCUCAAAUGAGAAGGAGCGCUCCGCAGUUCCAAACACGUAUCCACCAGACGUUACUACCCAUCCUGUCAACGUUGUCGUCUCCACCCAAUUAGACGGUGCAAAUGACCAAUAUUCUCGUAUAACCAACAGCGCAAUAGGCCACAUUCAGGACAGUACCCAGCUCUACUUUCAGCAACAACACCAGGCCCGGAUCCCGCUUCCAUCUCACAACGUAGCUUCUGUGCCGCCACCUCGCCAACCAGCGCGUGUCGUCAAUGCAGUCAAUGGUCUACUCCCCCACUGCACGACUGAGCCGCCACUGGACGAAGCACAGGUCAUUGCUCUAAGUGACGUUGUGGGUAGUGUGAGGGAGCUUGCGAUGCUAGCUCUGGGUGCUGCAUCUGGUGCGGCCGGCUGUAUGAAGAAACUGGAAGGCGCAGUGGGUCCACGGGCAGCGGGAAACAUUGCAGAGUUCUUUGCCGACGAAUGGGAAAUUGAAGGUUGA